AUGUGUGAAGAAUAUCUUGUAGCGCGUCUCAACGACAGAGAAUACGCAAGCUGGCUCAAAGCAGGACGUUGUCUGUAUAUCCUGAAAGACGUUCUCCAUAACUUCACCAAUGAGCAGAUGCAAGGUUUUCACCAAGCUUUGCUCCGUAUGAAUCCUUCUCUCCGUGAACAAUGCCAACAAUCAUGCCAGUCCGGGGACAUUAAGCUUUCCAGGGCAUGUAGCCCGUGUUUACAGUGGAGGUCUGAGAUUCUCAACCACCACAGACAACCUAAUUCCAAUCUCAACUGGGACAACUGCAUUCCUUCUGCGUGGAGGACACGCCACUGGGAGUUGGCUAAGGCUUACAUGCCACGAGGUCAGGGCCAUGUGAAUGCAGUAGAUCAGUGUGAUCCUUCUGCUCUGCUCAACCUCAUCAACUUCUGUGACUGCUUUGCCUCUGUAAACUCGUAUAAAAAUUCAUCUUGUGUGAGAGAGCUGAUCAAAUGCAGGAAUCAUCUCAUGCAUUCUGCUAACCAACAUGUAUCGGAUGCAUGGAUGAUAAAGUUCAAGCUUGCACUGCAACAUUUUGUGCGGCUGUUCAGCGAAGUACGCGGAAUGCAAUUGGCUGAAAACAUGAUAACUCGGAUGCUGGCUGUUGACUUGUCAAUAUCUUUUACUGACGCUGUGGACUAUAAUGGCGAGGAACUAGCUACUGAUUCUGUGAUUGACGAUGUAACCCCUGAAUUAAUCACCAAAUGGGAGGCUGACUUGAUACGAGAGAUGCUGUGGGAGUUGCGCCAGAUGGCUGAAGAUGAAACAAUGGAUUCCAAUCAGCUGAAGAUGCUGGACAAUUUCCUACAGAAAAAUAAAGAUCUGAAAGCGAUGUUUUCUCCAGAGCUGCAAGCCAUCAGCACGUUGGGGGCUGGACAGAAGAAGAUUUGACAAACUGCCUGUCAUGUCUCGUCCCCAGUUUUGCUAUGUGUCUAGGUUGCCAUGGUUUCUGUUUGCGUCGCCCCUCCUUUCCUGUGUCAUCUCAAUCAAUGUAACCGCGGUCACCUGCCUCGUGUUUCGUGUCUUGUAUAUUAAGUCCUGUUUGUGUGUCACUCCCUGUCGGAUCAUUGUUGUUGUCGUCAGGUCCUGUUGUUUUCUUGUCUCACGUCCUGGUCAGUCAGUCUAGUUAUUGUUGUGUUAAUGUCAUGAUGUCUUUUUGUUCCACGUUAUUUUCGGUCAGUCUUGUUGUUAGGUUUUGUAAGUGAGUUAUGUUAGUUUACUAAGUCUGUAUUUUGAGUUCCUCCAAUAAACCCUGGUCCAAGCUGCA